ACAUGACGCGGCCGGCUGCUCCGAGCUCUACGCUCGGGUUCCCGGAACCACAGGGGCCGAGCCCAGCCCGCGAGCCGGCGCCAGCAUGCUGUCCCGCCUGCUGAAAGAGCACCAGGCCAAGCAGAAUGAACGCAAGGAGCUGCAGGAGAAGAGGCGGCGAGAAGCUAUCACUGCAGCGACCUGCCUGACAGAAGCUUUGGUGGAUCACCUCAAUGUGGGUGUGGCCCAGGCCUACAUGAACCAGAGGAAGCUGGACCAUGAGGUGAAGACCCUGCAGGUCCAGGCUGCCCAGUUUGCCAAGCAGACAGGCCAGUGGAUUGGGAUGGUGGAGAACUUCAACCAGGCACUCAAGGAAAUCGGGGAUGUGGAGAACUGGGCUCGCAGUAUCGAGCUGGACAUGCGCACCAUCGCCACAGCACUGGAAUACGUCUACAAAGGGCAGCUACAGUCUGCCCCCUCCUAGCCCCUUCUGACUCCUGCCUCCUUGGAAGCAGGGGGCAGGAGGCACAGAGAGUUUCUAACCGGCUGUGAAUAAAACACAAACUUCCACUUC